AUGAGCAAGUUGUGUACGACCUUCAAACUCAAGUUCGAGUUCGAACAACUCGCCAAAGAGUCCGAGUUCGACUUUCGAGUCAAGGCGUUCUCGGCAGCGGCCGGCAGCGGCCGGUCGGCGUGUAGUGCGCAUCGACUCGGUACAGAAAAGUCUGCUUCGUUGUGGUUUGCGUGGAAAAACUUCCUGACCUCGCAGUCAGUUGCUACCGGAACUGUUGGAUUGAGAACGCGCCACGUGGCGUUCCUCGAAGCAACGCAUCCGCUGGAGGUGGCACCCGUGUUUACACUGCACGGACGGCUUUCCCGUAAACUGCCGCCUAAUGACCGUUGUAUUUUACCGCUGAUAGACGCCGCCAACGCGGCAGAUCUCGGUGAUCUCGGUCAUCUCGGUGACAACACUGCUUUCAACAUUGCCUAUCCCGAUAGCCUAUGCUGA